UCCAGAGGGAAUAAAGAAAAGUGCAGAAAAUCUUGGUGAACUCCUCAUGGGAGAUCAGAUUGAUAACUCUCCUUAUUGGUUUCGAAUGAAUGUGAAUGAAUCAGUCUACCUCUGCACUACCAACCCAUUGAGUGAAAAUGAGGUUAAGCUCUUGAAGCAGAGAACUAGGGAUUUGUACCGGGUGAAUAUGAUCCUUGACAAUUUGCCAGCUAUGAGGUUUGCAAAUCAGAACAGCCUCCAAACAACCUCCACUGAAUCUUGGAGAACUGGUUUUCCUGUGGGGAGAGGAAGGUUUGGGUUCAUUUCUGAAUCUGAUAACAAGAAGCCACCUGGGUAUGAGAUUGUUGGUUUUGAGGUUGUCCCUUGUAGUGUUAAGGAUGAUCCAAAUGCUAUGACUAAACUCAAAAUUUAUGACAAUGUCCCAUCUAUGAAUUGCCCCUUGGAACUUGAGAAGUCACAAAUAAUAAGGGAACAAGAGAGAAUAUCAUUUACUUAUGAGGUUGAAUUUGUGAAAAGUGAUAUUAGGUGGCCAUCUAGGUGGGAUGCUUAGUUGAAGAUGGAAGGUGCUCGUGUGCAUUGGUUCUCAAUUCUGAAUUCUCUGAUGGUGAUCUUUUUCCUAGCUGGUAUUGUUUUUGUCAUUUUCUUGAGGACCGUCUAAAGGGACUUGACAAGGUAUAAGGAAUUGGAUAAAGAGGCUCAAGCACAGAUGAAUGAGGAGCUUUCUGGAUAGAAGCUUGUUGUUGGUGAUGUUUUUAGAGAGCCAGACUGCCCAAAGCUUCUUUGCGUGAUAGUAGGUGAUAGGGUUCAGAUUACAGGAAUGGCAGUUGUCAC